AUGCAGAGAUGGGCUCUCAUACUAUCAGGAUACCAGUACCAGAUACAGUAUCGAGCAUCGCAGGAUCAUGGAAACUGUGAUUCAUUAUCGAGACUUCAUAUUUCUGAUAACCUGGUACAGGAAGAUUAUGAAGAUGUGUACUUCUCUGAAUUGGAUGAUGUAGAACUUCCUAUUUCAAACACCGACAUCGCUAAAGCAACAAAGAUGGAUCCGGUGCUAUCUAAGGUACAUGAACUUACUUUAACCGGAUGGCCCAAUCACAAUGCAGAUCCAGAACUUCAACCAUUCUUUGAGAGGAGGGUAUCUCUGAGUGUAGAGCAAGGAGUUGUGUUAUGGGGAAUUCGGGUGGUGAUUCCUCAGACUCUAAGAAAGCGCUUACUUGAAGAACUUCAUGAGGAGCACCUGGGAAUGUGCAGGAUGAAGUCACUAGCGCGUGGAUAUCUAUGGUGGCCUAACCUAGAUAAGGACAUAGAGGAAGUUGUCGAAAAAUGUCCGUCAUGUAUGUCCGUAAGAAACAGUCCAAAAUCAGCACCACUGCAUCCCUGGAUCUGGGCUACGAGACCAUUUCAGAGGAUACAUAUUGAUUAUGCUGACUACAAGGGUCAAUCCUUACUUAUAGUUUAUGAUGGCUAUUCUAAGUGGAUAGACGCUAUUCCAGUAAGAUCCAUGACAAGUUCAAUGACAAUUGACAAGCUCAGAAUGCUGUUUGCAUCGACAGGAUUACCUGAAGAGAUAUCAAACGGAUUUGCUGAGAGAGGUGUGCAGAUAGUCAAAAAGGCAUUGAAAUGUAAGGAAGUUGAUGGGAAGCCGCACUCCCUCGAACAUAAAUUGGCUGACCUACUUCUUAAAUGCAGGAUAACACCACAUACUACCACAGGAGUUGCUCCUGCAGAGCUUUUCCUAAAGAGGCAGCUUAGAACCCGCCUGUCUCUAAUAAAACCUGACACUGGAAAACGAGUGGAAAAUUAUCAGCAGAAGAUGAAACAAAAUCAUGACAGAGGAGUCAUUCAAGUAAAGAAAUUCCACACUGGGGAGAAAGUACAGGUGAAAACAAUCAUUCAAGCUGGCAAAUGGAAAUGGAUGCCAGGCUAUAUUCACAAGGUGAUGGGACCUCUGACAUAUCUCGUGAAGGUUGGCAACCGCACCCGGUAUUGUCAUUGCGAUCACUUGCUGAGUUGUAAAGCUGAUCUUCCACAGGAAAAACCGAACAUCAAUAUCUUCGACUCCGCUGGAGAUGUUAACUCUACACCCAUUCAUGCAGGUGUAACAUCUCCGUCUAACGCACCUGAACGCAUUCCACAUUCCAGAACUCAAACAUCGGACACGAGUGACAAUCAACCCAUUUCUUCAGCUGACUCUCCACCGUCCAACCCAAACACACCCGCUCCAAUAACACCAGUCAAGCGUUAUCCCGCACGUGAACGAAAUGCACCCAAAAGACUGAUCGAGGAAAUUUAA